UACGACUCACUCCGGACCACAUCGGACGAACCAAAAUGUAAUGAAAUAUUCAGACCCGGUUUAGCACUCAAUCUCUGUCUCUCGUCUUGUACCUCUCGCAAACUCAGAGUCUGUUAACCGUCUCAGACCUCUUCGUAACCCAAUUUCUCUCUUUCUCUGGAGUUCAUAGAGAACGUUUAUCGUCACCACCAGUUGGGGUUGUCUAAAAAUCAUUUCGCCGGAAUAUUCAGGAAGAUGAGUGGUAGUGAAGUUGUUGUAGCUGCUGCUAGAGUCUACCGAGACCUUCUUAAAGCAGUUGUGAAACAUGUUGGCAAAGAAGACCACAAGUCUCAUUUCACAGACUUUGUAAAGAACGAGUUUCGGAAGAAGAACGGACACUCAGUUGAGAAAAUCAACCUUGCCCGCAACUACACUUAUCUUCUUAACAGCAUUCACUCUCACAAGGAUCUGUUGUUCUCAUACAACAUUGCAGUUGAUAGAACUGAAGAAAUGAAGCGAGUGCUUGGCAAAUCUGCAGCUAGUGUUGGCCUUCGUCUUCCCGAGGUUUACCAGCCUUGAUCAUCUUCCCACAUUCCUCCUUGUCUCUCUGGUUUCUUCGUUUCCUUUACAGAUUAACUUUGGAAUAAGUUUGAUACUCUUUCUAUCCAGACAGAUCUGAGAUGCAUGGAUCACAAUUUCUUUCUAUUGUUACCA